AACGGCGUCGCCGGUGGGGCCCAGAUUCCGGCUGCGGGGGGCCUGAGUCCGGUCCAGCCGGGAGCUACCGGCUCUACCUCGACGGGCCAGAACCGGGCCCAAGUAAACGGAGGGCGGUUCGACUUCGACGAUGGCGGGACUUACUGUGGUGGAUGGGAGGACGGUAAGGCCCACGGCCACGGCGUUUGCACCGGGCCCAAAGGACAGGGUGCAUACUCGGGGAGCUGGCAUUACGGGUUUGAAGUUUCGGGCGUUUAUACGUGGCCCAGCGGCUCGGCGUACGAGGGACAAUGGCAAAAUGGAAAGCGUCAUGGUCUGGGGAUGGAGACACGUGGCCGGUGGUUAUACAGAGGUGAAUGGACUCAAGGGUUUAAGGGACGAUACGGCGUUCGCCAGUCCACUACAUCCACCGCCAGGUACGAGGGUACCUGGGCCAGCGGACUUCACGACGGUUACGGAUCCGAAACGUACGCGGACAGCGGAACCUAUCAGGGCCAAUGGCUCCGGGGAAUGCGACACGGUUACGGAGUGAGGGCGAGCGCCCCGUUCGGCCUCGCGUCGCACUACAAGCCGCCAAAGCAGGUGAGGGCGUCCCUAACGUCCCUAAGAAGCGCCGACGGGGGGCCAGCGCCUCCAGCUCCGACCCCUGAACCGACGGACC